ACGAGGCUGUCUCGGAUGCGGACCGAUUGAUCUAGGGAAGAUUGAGUUUGCGUGUAUAACGAAUGUCUUCGAUUUGGUGUGUAGAAAAGGAAUGUACUUGAAGAUUGAUAUUAUUUUGUCAGGUAAUAUGGCCGGUAAACACGCAUACCACAUGACACUCCUGAACUUACUAACAUACUUACACAGAGAGACAGAUAAAUUCAUUGAAGAACCCAUUACAAUUCAAGAAUAUACAUAGACUCCUUUCCGCAGCUAAGAUUGUAGUUGUGCCCCCCCGUGAGAUGAAGGACUAAUGAGAUGAUCAGUAGCUGCAUGAUAUGACCAAAGCGCUAUUCGUGGUUAUAGCUCUGAUUCAUCGCAGGAUUGCAUGCUUUCAUAAUGUGAAGUUCAAAUUUUGCCGAAUCAAAAUCAUGAUGAUCUCGAACCAUAACGAACCAUAAUUAUGAGGUAAGGGAAAGGCAAUGGCGAAGGACAAGGAGCAACUUCCUUCGCAACACUCAUUGUUGGCCACAGUCAAAUAAGUGCAAUUGUGAAUAGGAUUCCUUUGUUCUUUUUUCGAAAUAUACGCUCACGACCUCGCUUCGAGUUACAGAAUUCGUGGUUCAAAAACCUAGAAGAUCAAGGUGGAUCAUGAAGCAGGAUCAUGGCCUUUUGGCGAUUACGCCGUACGCGUUUCCGAUCCUUCCUCACGCAUACGAAAGAGAUCUACUACGUUGAAAAAGGGUGGAAGUAACAGAUGAUGAUCUCUUAUACCUUCAUGUUGUGGCCCAAAAGAAAAAACAUUAGGAUCAUGUUGUGGACCAAACGCCUUUCUGGAAUUUGUCACUUGAUCACUUUCCUAAAAUAGUCUUUCGUCUUUUAAACGCAGGCCAUUAUGUUUUGAUCUGAUUCAUCAUUAAUGUGAAGGUGUUAGGCCCAGCGGCGCCCAAAGCACUAAGUCAGACAACCGGUUAGUUUUCACCUCGACAAUAUUAGACUUAUCCUGUGCAACAAAUCAUUAAUGUUUCUACGCGACAGCAUAAAAGGGCGAGUACUUUCUUGACUACACGUUUUCACACUGACUAUAUUAUAUAAAACGAGUUGUUGAUGUCAUAAACUUGUCCGAACUUGUUUUCUAUUUUGAGUCACAACAACAACAUCAUCUACGUACAUUGAUUUGAUCAUUCUACAACUACUAAGGUCCAAAGAAACUCAAGAGAAACAAAAUGUCGUCUGGACAGCCAAAGCGAAGAUUUAUGCCUAAGGCUCCAAAGCGGGCAGCAGCGCCUAGUGGAGGAGCUUCGCAACCAGCUGCAAAAGCUGGAGCACAAGCGGUGCAGAGGCCAACUACUUCCAGCGCAUCUGCAGUAAAUAAGAAUAGACCUGUUGUAGCAGCUUCAUCUGAAGGAGUAGAUGCACUCUUCGAAGAAGGUGUACAAGAAGGGCAACUUCAAGCGCAAAACGGGAGUGCAGGGAAUGUUGCUGGUAUUUGAUAAGGACUUUCGUAGUUAGCAGAGAGUGCCUAGAAUCGACUUUGUACCGUUCUUUGGCAUCACUUUGAGGAUGGGACCGCAAAUAGUUAGAUCGGAAUCAUUAAAAGACUGAAUGCAAAAAUUGUGGUGAAAGGUUCAUUACAACAAACCAACAGCGUCUGCUCCCGCGUCUAUGUCAGUGGGCACCCAUCUGCCUGCUACCUCUUCUUCUUCCGCACAAGCACUUCCGGUAGCUGGUAAGCGUGUCGUAUCCAAUCAUGACUCGAAGAAGUCCUCUACGAGUGCUAGUGCAGCUCCUAAGAAAAGUAGUACAACUACUAGUUCAAGCACAACCUCCCGUAGCGGAACGGGUCUAGGAAGUAGAGGAAUCGGGCACGGUAUUGGUUCUUCCAAAGCUUCCGCAGGAGCUUCUAAAUCCGCUUUAAGUGGCGGACCCAAGAACAUUAUGUCCGCCUCUUCUUUCAUGCAGCGCCAACCAUUUAGUGGCGUCAGUCGUGUAAGGGAUGCGGCAAACCCGUCUAGAAAACUGGAAUCCGUGUCUGAAUAUGCCGGUGGAGACUCGGAGACGUGUAACCGACCGCUAACCCUUCCUUUUCUAGAAGACGAGAACUCGAUGUUGCCUAGAAGCGACUUGCAUCAAAUAGGGAAGCAUUUGAUGGAGGAAGUAGUGGAGAAGGAAUUAUCUCCUGAUAAAAAUAAAGACGAGAUGGAUUCGUGUUCAUCUAGCGUUGCUGAGAAAGAAGCUUUGCUGGACGACGUAGAUGCUAAGAGUAAAGAUGCUAGUAAGAAAGAGAAAAAUGCGCCAAAUUUGGGGACGCAUUUCUGUCGAUUAAACGCGGAGACUAUGGAGGUUGAAGACAGCUCAGACUUCGUGUUUCUACAAACACCUUACUUACUUCCAGCUGCCAGUAAUGUUGCGUCCUCAACACAAUCACCAGCUGAGCAAGGAGAAACUACAGGUACAACUACCCCCACCACUCAAACAACAGCGACAACAACAACAGCCAUGUGCUAUCCGUCUGGAGAAAUCGGAGAACUCCGAAUGCACAAGAGUGGCAAACUUACGAUGCGGAUUGGACCAGACUUGAUCUUCGAAAUUGAUCGAGGGUUGUCGAAAUGCGCACAGCAACUGAUGGCGAUUUGUCCGUAUCAAGAUGAAGCGCUCUUCCUCGGUGGAAUGGAGGAAACAUUGACGGUCAGACCUAGUUUGUCCUAGACACGAGAACCCAUGAUUAUGACCUGGUAUGCAACAAAUCUUCCAUGACGCAACCGCAAGCUACAUUAAGCACGACUAACACAAUCCUUAACCUUAUCUUCCCACCUCUUGACUACGAACGUUUCAGUUACCCCUCAAAUAAAUUUCGCCGCACCUUUUGCGUUUGGUAACAGACUAUGAGCUUUGGAUCACGAUCACCACUGACCAUGUAUGCAGC